AGAGAUUUUGGCUCAUUUUGACUCUUCAUUUCCCAGAUUUCCCCGACCACCUUCCUUUGAGCUAUGUCGAACGGGACUUUUGGUGAGAUCCCACCACACGUGAUCACCGUGGCUGACUACAAAGCUCACUUCCGUGCCUUGCAGCCUCACGACCAGGAAGGGUCUCCAGCUAUUUGCGUUGGAGGCAAGCGACUGCCAGAAGAUGGGAAAGUGCGCUUGGCCGAUUUGAACAUUGAUGUCUCGCAGCCCUGGCAGUACUGUAGCCCUGAAGAAUACUUGGCAUGCUGCACUGAAGCUGAGUUCAAGCGAAAGCCUCCAGUGAAGCUGGGUCUCGAAAAGUAUCUCACACUGUGGAUUCUGCUGGCUGUGGCUGUGGGUCUUGGGGUUGGUCAAAUUCCAGGGAUUCGGAGCGCCUUGCAUGCCAUGAAGGUGGGCAACACGAAUAUCCUUACGGCCAUUGGCAUGAUCGUGAUGCUCUUACCCCCCUUUGCAGCAGUAAAGUAUGAUGAACUCUUCACUGCCAUUCGGACCAUUCCAAAACGCUUGGCUCUGGGGAGUUUGUUAAUGAACUGGGCAGUUGGUCCCUUCAUGAUGCUCUUUGUGGGCUUGGCCACCCUCUCUGAGCAUGCUGAUUUGCUGCAGGGCGUCAUGUACAUCGGCACGGCGCGCUGUAUCGCCAUGGUGUUGGUCUGGACGGCCAUCGCUGGUGGGGACCAGUUCCUUUGUGUCUCAUUGGUACUGCUCAAUUCAGUGAUCACAGUCAUCACUUAUGCGCCUGUGGUCACCCUACUGGGCAUUGUGGCGAGGGCCUUGGGAGCGGACGUCAGGGGGGAUGUGAGUUUCAUGACAGUGCUGCGAAAUGUGCUGGUCUAUUUGGGAAUCCCAUUGGUUUUGGGUGUGACCAUGUGGCUGGUGGGUCGCAACUACUCCAGCUACCGCACCACGUUUCUGCCGCGAUUUGCUCCCUCCGGGUUGUUGGCCUUGCUUUGGACGGUGCUGAUGAUGUUUGCAGAGAUGAGCAAGCCCUUGCUCAGUGGCUCUGUUGGCAUCGGAAACAUCUUCUGGGUUUGUGUACCCUUGCUGGCUUACUUUAUUCUGAUGUUCUUUCUCUCUUGGGCGGUGGCCAAGCUGCUGCGAGCGAACUCAGCCCAAACGAUUACUUUUGCCUUCACCGCUGCGAGUAACAACUUCGAGCUGGCCUUGGCCGCCUGCACCGCCAUCUUUGGAACGAGCUCGAACCAGGCAGUGGCCACAGUGCUGGGCCCCUUGCUGGAGAUUCCCGUGAUGUUGGCGCUGGUGAAGGUGGCACAAUGUUUGGCUGGGGAAGAGGAAGAGCAAGAAAGCAGUGAAAGUGACUCUGGGAGCAACAGCAGCGAGGCCUAAUUCGUUGAAAUCAACGGCAAUUGUGAAGUCAAAACAGAUGAGUUGAAACGAGAGUUUGUUGAGUUAAGGACAAAAACAUGG